GUUAUAUCUCGCAAACCUGAAGGGUCUCCUGUCACAGAGAGAGCCAUUCCACUUGCAAUUUUCCAAGCUGAGGUGGGAGUGAAGAGACAUUACCUGCGCAAAUGGCUGAAAAAUCCUUCCCUGCAAGACUUAGACAUUCGUUCGAUUCUAGACUGGGAUUAUUAUAUUGAGCGACUGGGCAGUGCUAUCCAGAAGAUCAUUACUAUUCCUGCAGCAUUACAGCAGGUGAAGAAUCCUGUUCCCCGUGUAAGACACCCAGACUGGCUACAUAAGAAGUUGCUUGAGAAGAAUGACAUCUAUAAGCAGAAGAGGAUAAAUGAAUUGUUCACUGUUGAAGGCAAAAAAACAGGU